AUGUCUAAAGCCUUGCUAAACCCAAGGGGAGCAAAAAGAGAUAACGGAAAGACAAGCAACUUGUCCGGACAGAGAUUUGAAACGUGCCCAGGCUCAGAGCAGGUGCCACGGGAGCCCUGGCUCCCGCAGCCCCGGGGAGGGCUCGGAGAGGUGCGGGAGCAGCUUGGUCCCCGGGUCCUCGCAGCCCCCGGCCCCGAUGCUGCCUCCCACCGCCUCCUGCCCACGGGACUCCCCGAACUAAGCAUUCAUCUCUUAGGAGCUGCAUUAAAAUUAAAAGCUGAAGCUGUAGCGACGGACAGCUUUCCUGCCCGUUUUGGAGGAGUUCAUUUUGUCAACCAGCCCUGGUACAUCCAUGCCCUGUACACGCUAAUUAAACCGUUCCUCAAAGACAAGACAAGGAAACGGAUCUUUCUUCAUGGUAACAACUUGAACAGCCUUCACCAGCUAAUACACCCUGAAUGCCUGCCCUCUGAGUUUGGGGGGACUCUUCCUCCGUACGACAUGGGGACGUGGGCUCGAACGUUACUCGGUCCUGACUACGGCGAUGAAAAUGAGUACACCCACACCUCCUACAACGCCAUGCACGUGAAGCAUGCGUCCUCCAACUUGGAGCGGGAGGCUUCGCCCAAACCCAUGAAAAGGUCCCAGUCUGUGGUGGAAGCUGGCACGCUGAAACACGAAGACCAAGGGGAAAGCGAGAACACCCAACCGCUGCUGGCUCUGGACUGAGGUCCCCCGUGCCCAGCGCACGGAGAUACACCGACAGACUUCCACCCCACCAGGAACCCACAGAGCACACCACACACCCACACACACGUACGUUUUGCUUCAGAACAAGUCCUUCAUGUUUCUUGACCAAGUAACAACUGCCACCAGCCAUCUGUCCGUGCGGCCGACGCCAAACAAAAACUGAAAAAUUUCUAUUGACACAGGAGUCUGUCCAUAUGCAAAGAAUUAAUUUCUUUUUUUUUUUUUUGACCUAUGACAUUAAAAUAUUGGAAAUGAUGGGACUGCAUUCUCUGUUUAAAGAAACCAGGGCGUGCCAAUAGUUUUCCUGA